CUUUAUUGUGUGUGUCACUGGGAGAGAACACUGGGAUAGUACAGUAUUGACAUUAAGAGGGACGGUCCUGCCACUGGGACAGACAGACCAGUACUGGGGGAGAGAGAGAGCUCUGACAGAGGACCACAGUGUAUGGUAGAGCUGUUCAGGCAUGGAUGUGGCUGCUAUUAUGCACCAGGGCUAUCCAAGCAGCGUCUGCUCCUCUCACUACCAGCUCGAGGCAUUGAAACAGCAGAAUUCCAAAUUCCAGGAAGAACUCAGUCUCUCGCAGAUGCGAGGCAGCUCAGAAAGUCAGCACAUUGGAACUCUGUGCAAGGAAAUUGAGGUACUGAAGCUGGCCAGUCUGACGUCUCAGAACCAGCCAGACAUGAAAGACAGGGAAACUCUGGCCAACCAGGAGACAGACGAGGACAAGGAGCUGGAGACUCUGAGGGAUGAGAUCGCGGUGCUGCGAGGUGAGAACGCCAUGGCCAAGACGCUGCAGUCUGCCGUGGAGACGCUGGAGAGAGACAAGGCCCAGCUACAGGAACGCGUCACCAGCCUGGAGCAGAGGCUAUUGGGACGGCAGGCCUCCGAGGGAGGGGACAGUGGAGUGCCUUCCUCAGGUGACACAGCUCUGGACCAGUUGAGAGAAGAGAAGGAGUUUGCAGAGGGACAGAUUAACUUCCUGAACAGUGUGAUCGUGGACCUACAGAGGAAGAACGAGGAGUUGAAGGUCAAGCUGAAGAAGAUGGCUCUGGCGGAGUUCAAUGGCAAUGACGGCACUGAUGGUUUGGAGGAGGGUGGAUCUAAGGACAAGAAGGCUCCUCCUCGUCUGUUCUGUGAUAUCUGUGACUGUUUUGACCUGCAUGACACUGAGGACUGUCCAACCCAGGCCCAGAGCCCCGACUCAGUCCCCCACUCUUCCUUCAAGGGCAAACCUGCCGACCAGCGGCCGUAUUGCGACAUCUGUGAGGCCUUCGGUCACUCCAUAGAGUCCUGCCAGGAAGACCAGACCUUCUAGACACUCUUCUCACCCCAACCAUGCCAGGCCUAGCUUUAGGACCCUUCACAGACCGCCAACACACACCAGACUACUUUCUCUGAGUUUUUAAUAACAUAGUAUUUAUGUCAUAGUCCACUCACAUAACCCCAAAUCACCCGCUACAAAAGACUCCCCUACUAUUUCUAAUACUUCCUCUCUCUAACUCUCCUCCUUCUCUCCAACUCUCCAACUUUCCCUCUCUCUCAAACUCUCCCUCUCUCUCCAACUCUCCUAGCUCUCUCUAACCCACCUAGCUCUCUCUAACUCUCCUCCCUCUA